AUGCUGUCCAAAUUGAGAAUUCUUGUUCCUGUUAAAAGAACCAUUGAUGCUGCCAUCAAACCAAGAAUCAACAAGGCCAAUACUGGGAUUGAAAGUUCGGGGGUGAAGUUUUCAAUCAACCCGUUCGAUGAUAUUGCCAUAGAAGAGGCCUUGAAGCUCAAAGAAAAAAACAAGGGGCUUGUGGAAAAUAUCCAUGCUGUGACGGUGGGUCCAAAGAAGUCCGAAGAAAUAUUGAAAAACUGUCUCGCGAAAGGUGUUGACAAGACAACCUUGGUGAGCAUCGAUGAUAAAAAACCAGAAUUGCAACCAUUGUCAAUAGCCAAGAUCUUGUCCAAGUUGGUUGAAGAAAACAACUCCAAUUUGGUGAUAAUGGGUAAACAAGCCAUCGAUAAUGAUUGCAACCAAACUGGCCAAUUGCUUGCUGGUCUCUUGAACUGGUCCCAAGCUUCUAAUGCCAGCCAGGUUAUUGUUGACGAGGCUAAUGGUGAAGUUACUGUCCACCAAGAAGUUGAUGGUGGUUCCAACAUUGUCAAGUCCAAAUUACCAUUAGUUGUGACCACUGAUUUAAGAUUGAAUACUCCAAGAUAUGUUUCCUUGCCAAAAUUGAUGAAGGCUAAGAAGAAGCCAUCCAAUAUUGUGAAAUUGGACCAACUAGGGUUAGCCGAAUUACAAAAUGACAAUAGAAUCGAAAUAUUGAAGGUUUCAGAACCUCCUGCUAGACCUUCUGGUAAGAUUUUGGGGUCGGUUGAUGAAUUGAUUGGAGAAUUGAAGAACAAAAAGCUUUUGUAG